UGACGUCCAAUCAUUCGUUGUCAGUGUUCGAAAUCUCCCCGCCCCUUGUUCUCCCCCGUGUUACUCUACAUCUCUUUCGCGUGUUUUACGUUUUUCUUGUCUCUGAUUAAUAACGAAUUAACGAGUUGUACAUAAUCACGUCUUGUUACGAGUUACGCCGAACUGGUGUCACGUCCUCAUAUCUCAGAACUCGUUAUUGUCCGACACCCCAUAUUAAUUAUGUUGAUUUUGCGCCAUAAUUGAUCGACUCGCAAGCAAUAAUUGUAAUACCACCCAUGCCCAUGCAGAUCCCAUUGAGUGAGCGUUUCUUAUCUCUUAUUCGAUGAUCUCUUUGUAAAUGCGAAGUAAAUUGCUUAAAAUGCUCGACGAAACGAAAGGAGAAUCAGCCUGAAUAUUCAAUAACGAUCGAGCGUUCAAUUUGUUCGUUCCAGAAAAGAAUUACGUCCGAAUUCUGAUGAGUUCGCACCUCCGACUCGAUUUAAUAGAAAUUUAGUGAGAGUUUUCGAAAAAAAACAAUCUUGAGCUCCGUCUCUUUAAAUCUACCUCUUCUGACUACUUAAAUCCACAAUUGGUCCUCAUGAUUGAGUAACUCAUCUAAGACAGUUAUGGGAUUCCACGCUGCUCUCAUUAAUGCCUUCUCCUUUGAUUCAUUGCGGUGCGCACUUUGAUUUCUUCUUUCUACACGCUUGCACAUUCUUUGCCUUACUGUCUGCCUCUUUCUUUCUUUAUUUCUCUCUCUCUCUCUCUCUCUCUUUCUCUCUCACGUUACCUCUAGCUCCUCCUCUCUUUGUCCCACUAUAUUUCUCUCUGAUUUUCUGUUUAUUCGUCCAUGUAUCUGUCUGACUGUUCCGCCCAUGUGUUGUCUGUGUGUGUAUACGUGCGACGAGCGGCAUUGAAUAAUUUGCAUUACGGGAGAGAAUGGAUGGAGUUGUAAUAAAGUAGUGAAGAUGGACGUGAGAAUCGCGUAUGGAGUUCUGGGGGAUCUCGCGAGAUCUUCCAGAGAGCGAGCUCAACCGCCCUGAUUUAAAGAGAGUUACUUUUGUUUUCGCUCCGGCUUUCUUCAGGGAAUCUGGCGAGAAUCCCGAGUUUAUGAAGAGGCAAGAACAGAAAAGAAGUGACCUCGACGAGCAGCUCAAAGAAUAUAUAGCGGAAUGGCGAAAGCAAAGAGUCAAGGAGGAAGAGGAGUUGAAGAGAUUAAAGGAGAAACAAGCCAAGCGCAAAGUCACUCGCGCGGACGAGGAGAAGAGAUUGGCUCAGAAGAAGAAGGAAGAAGAGGAACGUCGCCAACGUGAAAUCGAGGAGAAGAAACAACGUGACAUCGAAGAAAAGAGAAGGCGCCUGGAGGAAUCAGAAAAGAAGCGACAGGCUAUGAUGCAAGCAAUGAAAGACCAAAGCAAAGCCGCCAAGGGUCCAAACUUCACCAUCACCAAGAAGGAUGCUCUUUCGGGUAAUCUUACAUCGGCGCAACUCGAGCGUAAUAAGACAAAGGAGCAGCUCGAGGAGGAGAAGAAGAUCUCCCUCAGCAUCCGCAUCAAGCCCUUGGAAAUCGAUGGUCUGUCUAUCGAGAAGCUCCGUACCAAGGCUACCGAAUUGUGGGAGGCUAUUGUUAAACUGGAAACCGAGAAAUACGAUCUGGAAGAACGACAGAAGCGUCAGGAUUACGAUCUUAAAGAGCUGAAGGAACGUCAAAAGCAACAACUGAGGCACAAAGCCUUGAAGAAGGGUCUGGAUCCUGAGGCUUUAACUGGCAAAUACCCCCCGAAAAUCCAAGUCGCCUCGAAGUACGAGCGUCGCGUCGAUACCAGGUCCUAUGACGACAAGAAGAAACUUUUCGAAGGCGGUCUGACCGAUCAGCAGAAGGAGACCAUGGAGAAACUAUGGGCUGAACAGAAGCAGCAGUUCAUGGGUCGCCAGAAGACGAAGUUACCUAAGUGGUUCGGCGAGCGACCGGGCAAGAAGCCUGGUGAUCCCGAGUCGCCGGAAGGCGAGGAGGACGUGAAGGCCGUUGCUGACGAGGAUCUCGAGGAGCCGCAAUUCGACGAGGAAGAGGAGGAAGAAGGUGGCGAGAAGGAGGAAGGCGAGGAGGAGGAAGAGGAGGAAGAGGAGGAGGAGGAGGAAGAAGAGGAAGAAGAGGAGGAGGAGGAAGAGGAGGAGGAGGAAGAGGAGGAAUAAAGCGUCUGGUCGCUCUGACGUGCGCACAGAUUAACAUUAAAGAAGCAUGUUUCAAAAAAUUGUCAAAAAAUAAUCAUUGCGCAGUCUCGUUUACGUUUUUCGGAAUCGUCGAGCGUAGUCGGGGUGGCGACGGUGGAAGUGCCUACACAUCGUGACGUCAUCCACGUCCAGUUUCAAUUGUACCGGAAGCAAACCUCGUUACCAUCAAGAUCCCUCCGCCGAGAUGCGAACGUGGGAGUUUGGAUGAUGCGGGCGGGACAACGGAUACCACUUCCCCAGUAGACCA